AUGGCUGAGACUAACGGGCAUACCUCGAGACCUAGGGUCCUGAUACCGGAGAAGGUUUCUCCGGAUGGUCUUCGUCUGCUGCAGGAGACACUCGACGUUGACGAGAAGAAAGGUCUCACGCCGGAUGAACUGAAAGACAUCAUUGGCGAGUAUGACGCUCUCAUCGUCCGCUCGGAGACCAAGGUGAACGCCCAACUGCUCGCCGCUGGCAAGAGACUCAAAGUUGUUGCUCGGGCAGGCGUGGGUGUGGACAAUGUCGACCUGGAAGCGGCCACGAAGCUUGGCGUGAUCGUGGUUAACUCACCACAAGGUAACAUCAAUGCUGCAGCUGAACAUACCAUUGCUCUCCUUAUGGCUGUUGCUCGGAAUGUUGGAAGCGCCUCUGUCAGUAUCAAGAGCGGCAAGUGGGAGCGCAGCAAGCUCGUGGGAGUUGAGGUCAAAGGCAAGACGCUUUGCGUGCUCGGACUCGGCAAGGUCGGCCUCACGGUUGCUCGAGCGGCCGGCGGAUUAGGCAUGAACCUCAUGGCCUUCGAUCCAUACGCCAAUCCUUCGCUUGCCGCAUCAGCCAACGUUGAGCUGGUGUCGAGCAUGGACGAAUUGUUGGAGCAAGCAGACUUCUUGACGAUCCAUACGCCAAUGAUCGCCUCGACGAAGGGUAUCAUCGGCGCCUCAGAACUCUCGAAGAUGAAGAAAACUGCACGAAUCUUGAACGUUGCACGUGGCGGCAUCGUCGAUGAAAAGUCCCUUCUGGAAGCAAUCGAGGCUGGGACUAUCGCUGGAGCAGGUCUCGAUGUCUUCACCGCAGAGCCACCGCAGCCAGGCGACACGGCGUCGAAGCUAAUUGAGCAUCCCAGCGUGGUCGCAACACCCCAUCUCGGUGCCUCCACUGUAGAGGCACAGGAAAAUGUCUCCAUCGAUGUCUGCACACAGGUCAUUUCCAUCCUCUCCGGUCAGCUGCCACGCUCCGCGGUCAACGCUCCCAUUAUCCUUCCGGAAGAGUACCGUACGCUUCAGCCAUUUGUCACCCUGUUAGAGAAGAUGGGUAGCCUGUACACCCAGCACUUCGGGCAGAACAACUCAACACAACGCUUGCGGACCACCUUCGAGCUGGUAUAUGAAGGCACGCUUGCUUCGACCAAUAACACGAAACCUCUCUUCGCCUCUCUCGUGAAAGGCCUUGUCUCACCGGUGACCAGCACAGACAGCCUCAACAUCAACAUCGUCAACGCCGAGCUCGUGGCAAAAGAACGCGGCAUCCUCAUAUCCGAGUCCAAGAGCCGCGAGAACCUGGAACAGGAAGGCUAUUCUGCCUCCGUCACGCUCAAAGUGAGGCUGGACCCCCGCUCGCCCUCUGCUUCUCGCCGUGGCAAUCCCAUCGAAGGCGAACAGUCAUCACAACGCAAGACGAAGAUCCAAGACCAGAUCAUCACGGGUUUUGUGGUCAACAAUCAGCCAUAUAUCUCUCGUCUAGGCCGCUUCUCAUGCCAAUUCGUGCCCACCGGAACCUUACUGAUCUGUAGAAACUACGACGAGCCUGGCAAGAUCGGCGUAGUCGGCGAAAGACUGGGCAAGGCUGGUGUGAACAUCCGCUUCAUGAGUGUGGCGCCGAUCGAACAAAACGGCAAUAAUGGUGGCGGGCUUACAGUCGACGGGCACGAAGCGAAGGAGAAUGAAGCUCUAAUGAUUCUGGGCGUGGAUAAGCCCGUGGAUGAGGAGGUGAGGAAGAGUCUGAUUGCUGGGGAUGGCGUGGUGGAGGCCAGUGUGGUGUUGCUGUGA